AUGGGACAGGACAAUUGCAAACCCCAGCCUGGGGACAUAAUCGAGAUCGACCGGCCAUAUUACCAGCACUGGGCUCUCUACAUGGGGAAUGGAUAUGUCAUCCAUGUGACUGAUAAAGGAGAUGCAUCCAUUUUGGGUAGCAUGGCAUCAGUACAGACCCCAUGGCCCAAAGUGAAGAAGGAGCUCCUGAUGAAGGUGGCAGGAUGUGAUAAAUGGCGUGUCAACAACAAGUAUGACCGCAACUGGUCUCCUCGCCCUGUGAAGGAGAUCAUCCAGGUGGCUGAGAAAUGCAUUGACAUGGAAGUGCACUAUGCUGUCAAUAGCAUCAACUGUGAGCACUUUUUCAUAAGGCUUCGCUAUGGACUGGCAGUCUAUGUGCUGGACAAAGAUGCAGAUGGUGACACUGCUGCAGCUGUAAUAGGAGCUGUUUUUGCUGGUGCGGUCGCUGUUGCUGCGAUGGUAUUGUCCAAGAUGUAA